UCGGUUCUAUUUUGUUUCUUUGUCCUAAAAAUAAUUUCUCUCUCUUAAAAAAAGAAGCUCUGAAACAAGAAAACAAAAAAGAAACAUUAAUGGCUUCUUCUUCUACUACAUCUGAUUAUAGUCAUUCUUCAGAUGUGGAUUUAGUAGAAGAAGCUGCUAUUAGGUCAGAAUUGGUAGAAGUAGAAGAAGAAGAUUUGUUGAAAUUUCCAGAGAUACCAGCAAUAAGGAUACCAGAGAGAUCUGAAGGUAGUAGUAAUAAUAACAACAAUAGUGGUAGCAAUCAAAAUGCAUGGUCAAGUGCAUUUCAUGCUAGGUCACAUUCAACAACACCAAGAAGUAGACAAAGUUCUCCGAGAAGUCCAGCUGGUUUUCGUGAUAAUUUUGGUCUGUUAGCUUCUUCUUCUUCAAAUACCAAUCAUGGAUCUCCUCCAUUACAAGCAACGAGAUUUUCUAAUUUGUAUAAUAAUAGAUCUAAUUCUUCCAAUCUCAAUUCAUGGAACUUCUUGAAGAUUUUUGGUGUUUUCUUAAGAAAAAAUCCAAAUCAACAGCAGAGGGGAUUGGUGAUAAAUAAGAGUAAAGGAAAAACGGGUGCAGCUGGGAGAGUAUGGUAUAGAAAAAAGAGAGUUAGAGGUUUAGUUGUGAUUAUUGGUUUAAUUGGUUUCUUUUUCUUAAUGAAUUGGUGGAUGCUUUCUCGUCUUCCUGAUGAUUCUGCUCUUAAUUCUAAUCAUGGCUUCUUAAAUGUUAACUCUUCUUCGGUCCGGGGAGAAUGGAGUAAAUUUGGUAAAGGGAAAAGACCACACAGAGUGUUGUUCUCUAGAAUGUUGGCUUUAGCAGCUCAUGCCUUAGCUGAGGGAGAGAGCAAAGCUGAGCCAAAAGAUUUGUGGUUGGAACCUUUACUUCCUGUUUCUGCUUGGAAACGUUGUGCUGAAGUGCGCAACUGGGAACCUAAUGAGGGGCGCAAUGGGUACAUUAUUGUAAGUGCAAAUGGGGGAAUGAACCAGCAAAGAGUAGCGGUAUGCAAUGCUGUUACUCUUGCACGAUUACUUAAUUCAACUCUUGUUGUUCCAAAAUUUUUGUUCAGUAGUGUUUGGAGAGAUGUAAGUCAAUUCAGCGAUAUAUAUCAGGAAGAGCAUUUUAUCAACUACUUGAAACCUGAUAUUCGGGUAGUUAAGGAACUUCCGUUGGAACUGAGAUCUCUAGAUUUGGAAGCUAUCGGUAGCAUUGUGACUGAUUCAGACAUUAUGAAAGAGGCCAAGCCAAGCUUUUAUCUGAAAAAGAUUCUCCCCAUCAUACUUAAAAAUAGGGUUGUCCAUCUGAUAGGGUUUGGGAAUCGCCUCGCUUUUGACCCAAUACCAUUUGAGUUGCAGAGACUCCGAUGCAGAUGUAACUUUCAUGCACUGCGAUUUAUUCCCAAGAUCCAACAAGCUGGUGCACUACUUCUUCAGAGAAUGCGUCAACAUAAGCCUCACAGGGGUCCAUUGGACCAGUAUCUGGUUGGUCCAUUUGCGUCAAGUAUGGAUCAAAAUAUGCAUCCAGCAAAGAAAUCCAGAUAUUUAGCUCUACAUCUGAGAUUUGAAAUUGACAUGGCAGCUCACUCUAUGUGUGAGUUUGGUGGUGGUGUAGAAGAGAGGGAAGAGUUGGAGGCAUAUCGUGCAGUUCAUUUCCCUGCACUGACUCAUUUAAUGAAAACAACAAAAUUACCUUCUGCUCCGGAGCUGAGAUCGGAAGGCAAAUGUCCUUUAGCGCCCGAAGAAGCUGUACUUAUGCUAGCAGCUCUUGGUUUCAAACGUAAGACACGUGUUUAUCUUGCAGGUGCACAUAUUUAUGGGGGAAAGUCAAGAUUAGCUGCUCUGACCAAUUUAUACCCUAAUAUGGUCACCAAAGAAAAUCUGCUUUCAUCUUCUGAGAUCGAACCAUUUACGAACUACUCGUCACAGUUAGCUGCUUUGGAUUUCAUAGGAUGUGCAGCUGCCGACGCAUUUGCCAUGACGGACUCCGGGAGUCAAUUGUCAUCCCUAGUAACAGGGUAUCGUAUAUAUUACGGUGAUGGUAGAAUGCCUACUAUAAGGCCAAACAAACGCCGUCUUGCUAGCAUUUUCACAAAAAACUCAACGAUAGAGUGGAGAGAGUUUGAAGAGAGAGUAAGAAAAGCAGUGAAAGAGAGUAAACAGGUGCAGGAGAGACCUGUUGCAAGAAGUAUUUACAGACAUCCAAGAUGUCCAGAAUGUAUGUGCAAUACUACAACAGAUUUGGUUAGUAGAAGAUUAUUAAUCAAUUAGAGUUGUAUAAAUUUUUAAUUGUUAAUUUUGUUAUAGUUCUCAAAUGAAUGAGCUAAUGGGAAAUUUGUGUUAAAAUA